UAUAGUCGGUAAUCUGUGGAAUGUAACCGCGUCGUACAUAAUUAUUAUCAAUGUUAUUCUGAUUCCCUCCUUUUCUUUGGGUUUGUAAUAAAUAAGCCGAGUUUACUAUUUUAAUGGUGUGAAGCCAUAUUUGGCUUGGCAAGAAUAGAUUUUAAAGUUCAUUAUUGUCUACAUUCCGAAAUUCAGGAUGCGUAAAAUAUCGAAAAGCAGAACAGACGAUGAUGUCGUUUCUUCAACGAACGGCUCCGGUUCGCUUGCUAACGACGAUCAACCAGAAGCGGACCAAUCAGGAGAGCAGAAUGAAAGUGAGGCAUCCAAACAAAGUGAUGGUAUCAACGAAGGCGACUCCGAGCAUAAUACCAGUAGAUCCAGAAGUAAAUCCAGGAAAAGUAAGGGUGGAAAAGGUAAAAAAGACGACAAUGAUGAAGAAAUUGAAACAAAAAAUAACGUCAAUAGUGAUGAGGAUUCCGAAGUGUCUAAAGAAACGAAAAAAAGAACUACAAAAAGUAAGGCCAAAGGCAAAGCUAAAAAAGGAAAGACUGUUAGAGAAUCCAAACAAGAAGAUGAUGAAGAAGAAUAUGAGGUUGAAAGCAUAAUAGAUUCAAAAAGAAUCAAAGGUAAGCUUCACUAUUUGAUACGAUGGAAAGGAUUCAGUGCAGAUAGUGAUUCUUGGGAGCCACAUGACACAUUGUCAUGUCCUGAUAUUGUUAGUAAAUAUAACGAAGAAAAAGAAAAUCCUAUAAAGAAAGGCAAGAGGAAAUCUAAAAAGAAAGAAAGCAAGGUUCCAGCAAAAAGAACCAAAACAAGCUGGGACAGCCAACAAGCAGAUGAAAAUGCUGAGUAUGAAGUGGACCGCAUAUUAGAAGUUCAUCGCAAGAAGAAUGGCCAACGAGAGUUUCUCAUCCAUUGGAAAGGGUGGUCCAACAAAUUUGACUCUUGGGAACCAGAGAAGAAUUUAAACUGUCCGGAUUUAAUUAAAAAAUUCAUGGAUAAAGUAGAUGCGGCGCAAUUGAUUGAGGCGCCUACUCUUCGAGUGUCACGGGAGAGCACUAACAGAUUCACUCUUCAAGCACACUCGACGGGACGUCGUCUCAGCAAACGCAAGGGGCAAAGGCAACGAGUGCGUUAUGAUGAUGCUGAAUGAGGCGAUUGACAGCAAAACGUUCUUAUAGCUAUUUGUAAUAAGAUUUUUUUUUGUGAAUGUUUAAGGUGAAUUAGUAGAUACUAGUAUAUAUAAGCCGGUAUAUUCUUGAUAUUUAACAUAUAUGAAUCAUUUUUGUUGAUGUUCAUAUCUGUCAAAAAAUAAAUAAUAUUAUAAUAAAUCAGUAAAUUACCGAUUACUUUAAAUUGUACUAAGCUGAACUAAUUAUAAAUUGAUUAAUAUUAUUUUCUUUCUUUCAAAAAGGAAUCAUCACCAUUUUGAUGAUUUAUGGUAUUUGGAAUAUUUAGCCAACAAUACAGUUUAUGUAACUAUACAUAGGUUUUUUGUGUUCUAUUUAAAUGAUGAAAGGAUAUGGGUCCUUGUUACUUUUUCCUUUUACUUACGGUGACAAAUGUUUGUAUUCCGAAAAGGUUUUUUGUGUUCUAUCUAAAUGAUGAAAGGAUAUGGUCCUUGUUACUUUUUCCUUUUACUUACAACAAAUGUUUGUAUUCCGAAAUCUCCAACCUGAACUUGACCUUUUAACCUUUUAGUAAUGAAAUAUAUUGUAUAUGAAACAUGACAGUUUUAGAUAACCCGAAAAGUCCCGAAUUUAGCUAAAAGUUACAAAAGAGAUUCUGAUAUGUCAUUGUUGACGGGGCUCAAGACAUAAUAAUUUAUUUGCAUUGCAAAACGAUCAUUAACGCCGUCUUAAUAGACCUUAGUACAAUAAUAUGGUUAAUAUCAUGUCAUAAGAUAGGUGUGUACUUUUUUUAAUGCCAAACCCCCCAUACAUAAAUUUUAUAUAUAUAGGCUUAGCUAAAUAUUUGGACUUGCUUACUACAAAUGUUCUUUUCCACUCUUUUGGGUUGCAAUAUAAAAAUAAAAUUUUCUAUUGUAAGCUUCUAAGCCAGCCAUAUGUCGUAGAUUUUUGAUGAUGUAAACAUUGACUGUAAGAGAAAGCAAUGCAUGCACAUAGAAUGAUAGAGUCAUUGGUGCUCAGCCGGGAUUUGAACGAACGAUCUCAGGGGUGUGAGCCGCUCGAUGAUUUAUAAUGUAUCACAAAUUUUUUAUUUAUUAGAAAUCACAUAUAAUUUGAUCUGAUCUCGGUUUAAGGGGCUUAUUUCUUCACACCUAUGUUUAGCCUACGUCAUGUGCAAUUGAAACAUCUAUAUGUACCUACCAUAGAUUAUAAUAUUAUGUCUAUAGUAAAAAAAAAACACAUUUAUAAGGAUCCCAAAGUUAUAAGAAAAAACGAUUUAUCGCGUUUAUAUUAAAAUUAUAUAUUUAGGUAAUUAUAAGAAAAAUAAUCUUUAUCAUAAUUAGUGUGUGAGAACGAAUUUCGAAUGAUCUUCCAACUUUAAUCCUUUAUAAAUUUGUGACCUUUUAUGAAUUUUGUACUAUGAGUAGAACACUAUAUAAUUGUAUUAUGCUCAACUGCUAAUACGCGCAAGAAUCGUGCUAGAAAAAAAUACAACAAUAGCAUAAUUUCCUGUAUCUUAUACUAACAUUCUACCAAUGUGUUUUACUGAUAGUUUGCGUUCUACUUAAACCUUGUCGAUUCAAGGUUGUAAAAUCUGAUAAUUUUUACUUUAAUAUAGACUUUUCCUUUAUGCACACCUACAAAUACUAUAGAGUUUAAGAUUACAUUUUUAUCGCUCAUUACAUUGUAUUGUUUUAUGAAUGAUUGAAACGUAAUAAAUAGUAUAUAGUUAUA